GCUCCUCCACGGACAAGUCUCCUCUCAUCAACCAGGGCUCAGGAUGCCGACCACCCGCAGCGAGGCCUUCCCCGUCGAGGGGAGCGACCCCAAGUCCAACAUCGACCGCUACGAGAAGUGGGGCAAGAAGUCCGCCUUCGGAAAGCCUCACUCUGGCUCGCUCGGCGCGGCCGACAUUGUGCCGGCGAUGGAGGCGCUCCGCCGGACGUUUGCGUCGGAGCACACCUUCUCAAAGGAGUGGCGCGUGGGCCAGCUGCACGCACUGCGGCGGCUCCUCAGAGAGGGCAACCAGGAGCUCUGCGACGCCAUGUACGAGGACCUGCACAAGUCGGCGUUUGAGGCGUACUCGACCGAGAUGGGCCUCGUCGAAAAGGAGAUCGAGACGGCGCUCUCCCACCUGGGCGAGUGGAUGGCGCGGCACUACACGGACACCGCCGCGCUCAACACCGCCGCGCGCUCGUACACCGUCCACGACCCGCUCGGCGUCGUCCUCAUCAUGGGGCCGUGGAACUACCCGGUCCAGAUGUGCUUUGCGCCUCUGGUCGGCGCAAUCGCGGGCGGCAACUGCGCGCUGCUCAAGCCGGGCUCGUACGCGCCGGCCACCUCGCACGUCAUCUCGCGGCUCGUUCAGCAGUACCUCGACCCCGCCGCCAUCGUCGUCGCCGAGGGAGACCGCGAGGUGACGACGGCGCUUCUCGACCAGCGGUUUGACAAAAUCUUCUUCACGGGCUCGGGCUUCGUGGGGAAGAUCAUCCUGCAGGCGGCCGCCAAGCACUUCACCCCCUGCCUGCUCGAGCUGGGCGGCAAGUCCCCCGCCAUCGUCGACCGCUCGGCCGACCUCGGCCACGCCGCCCGCCGCCUCGUCUGGGGCACCUUCAUCAACGGCGGCCAGACCUGCAUCCGGCCCGACUUUCUGCUGGUGCACGAGGCGGUGGCCGAGCCCUUCCUCAAGCUGCUCAAGGCGACCAUCAAGGAGUUCUACGGCGCAGACCCGCAAAAGAGCGAGUGGUUCGGCCGCUGCGUCAACGAGCGCGCCUUCAAGCGCCUCGAGGCGAUCGUGCGCGGCGCGCCCCCCAGCGUCGUCUACUCUGGCGGGCGGACCGACGCGGCGGAGCGCUACAUCGAGCCGACGGUCCUCGACUACGGCGGCGACUGGCGCGCCUUUUCCAGCUGCGAGGCGAUGCAGGACGAGCUCUUCGGGCCGAUCCUGCCCGUCUGCCGCUACUCGGACCUCGAGGCGGUUGUCAGCUUCGUCAAGGCGCUCCCCACGGGCAAGCCGCUCGCGCUCUACUGCUUCGCGACCGACUCGGCGGUGGUGGAGGAUGUCAAGCGGCGCACCACCUCUGGCGGGCUCUGCAUCAACGACUGCGUCAUGCACAUCGCCAACCACGACCUUCCCUUCGGCGGCGUCGGCGCGUCCGGGAUGGGCUCGUACCACGCGCACCGCUCCUUCCUCGCCUUUACGCACGAGAAGGCCGUCCUCUCGCGCUCGCCCGCCGUCGACGAGUACACGGUCCUCAAGCCGCUGCUCGCCGCGCGCUUCCCGCCCUACGCGCCGCACAAGCAGUUCCUCGUCAAGCUCUUUGGGAUGUGGACCUUCGACAAGGCCGUCAACGUGCACCGCUCGCCGGCCGUCGCCGUCGCCCUCCUCGCGUACCUCGCCUACUACGUCGCCACCGCCUACUUCGGCAUGCGUCUCGCCGUCACCUUCGAGUGAGUGGCUGGCUCGCACCCCCCCCCCCUCCCCUCGCGCGUGCGCCUCGCCGCCUCGCCUCUCGAGGCGGCGGCGUGCGGGGCGCGGACAAUGCCCGCAGAGGGCUCGCUCUUCGGGGAAGGGGGACGCUCUCCUGUGGACUGUGCAAGGGCGUAUCGUGACCUCUGGUUUGUCGUCUGUGACCUGUGAGGGAUUCGUUAGUAUUGGUAUUGCGGCGCUCCGUCUGUCCGCGUGUCCCUUGUCUCCGCGCGCGCGCACGCAGCGCACGUCUACGAGAGUUUUGUGGGUCGGCCGUGAUACUGACACGGAGAGAGAGGCGUGUUGUGUAUAUAUGAACGGAAUUCACUUGAUUUC